CCUAAAUAAUCAAUUUCAUAAUAUUUCCAAUGAUAAUCAUUGUAUGAAGCUUUUCAGAAUCCUCAUUUGAUAUUUCAACGUCAUGUAAACUUUCAAGCAAACUAAUUUUAAAGAUAUUGACAAACUAAAUUCGCGAUCUAUGAAAAGAUAGAUUCAUUUCAACAAAAAAAAAGCAAACCGAGUUAUCUUCUAGAGAAGACCCAUGCAGUGCAUCAUAUAGAAGAGAGCAUAUAUUUAUCUAAAAGGCGACAUUUGAAUUAAGCAGCCCACCUUUAUUGUCUAUCAUCUGGCAUUAUGAAGUGUUUUUGACAAAUGUUAAUUUGGUUCCUCUUCCGUCAAAACCUAUCUUUUGAUCUGUCGUGAGCGGAAUGCGAUUAGGUUAAAUUACCCGCCUGUCAUGCACGAAAAAAAAUGAUUUGGAGCAUCUAAUUUAUACAAAGUGAAUCAGGAAAUCAAGCUUUGCAGAUCAGAGCAAAAUUGUAAAAUGUCGCUGUUACUUGGUGGAUCAUCCAGUGCGCGCAAUUCAAGUGGUGAAGACAGUAAUUCAAGCUUCCAGACAAACUCUGAUCACGAGCGACCCGAGAUUCUCCCUCUAUCAUUAAUUCUACUUUUAUCCCUCGUGUGCCUGCUGGUUGUUAUAGUCAAUAGCUUCGUCAUGUUCUUACUUCACAAAAAGAGAACACUGCGAACUCUCCGCACCAACAUGUUCCUUGGAUCGCUGGCAAUUUCAGAUUUGUUGUCUGGUCUAGUAGGAAUUCCUCUUUUCGCUAUUUGUUUGGAUACAGAUAUUAUAGACGUUUGCGUGUCCUCUACAAUUUUCAUUCGAUUUACAGCCAUUUCCUCUGUCUGCCAUGUUCUACUAAUCGCAGUGGAUCGUUAUAUAUUUAUAGUUCACUAUAUGGAAUACCAUGGUCUUGUAACGAAACGACGAGCACUCUUCGCCAUUGUUACUGUUUGGCUUUUUUCUUCGGUGGCUUCCGUCAUUCAGUUGUCUUGGUAUAUUUUUUAUCAAGUUGCUGUUACAGACUCCGAAAACAUCACAAAUGAAUUUAAUAAACACUACAGCCUAGCUUGUCUCGUAAUUUUCUUUGCUCUGCCUCUUUUGUCUAUGUGCAGCAUUUAUGGCCGCAUUUUCUACAUUUCAGUCAAGCGUAAAAACAGUCAUCAUAAAAUGAGUAACAUUGUUCAACAGCCCUGUCAACCUCAAAGUCAUGAAUGGCGGGGCCGUAGUGUGUUGGUAAUCGCGAUUGUAAUUUUCGCAAGCUGUUGGUUGCCGUAUUUCGUCGCGAUGCUGAACGACCACAUGAAUGAUUCUGAAAACACGACCAUGCAACUGCAUAUGCAGCGUCUGUUGGUAUUUGUGGGGCUCAUUCCUCCCAUAUCAAACCCAAUUUUGUGCACACUAGCUAAAAAGGAUUUUCGUCGAGCACUAAAAGAAUUAUUAUUGAGACGGAAAACGAAUAUGCCCGCUGCAGUUGUGGUACACCGUGAACAAAUAUGCUUAUAAGUUCUUACAACUUGACUCUGUAUGUCAAUUAUUGUCGCAGGGUGAGCGAUGCCUUUUAAACAUAUUAUCAGAUAAACGAAUCAAACUUAACAAUUUCUUUCUCAGAUGAGUUCCAAUGAAGAGGAUACCAUUGAUUAACAAUUUUUUUUUCUAGCUUGGGAAAUAGAUAUAAGUGUGCGAUUUAAAAUGGAUUGUUCGUUGCAGCGUGAGUGAUGCCUUUUAGACAUGUUAUCAGAUAAAGGAAUCAAAAUUAACAUUUUCUUUCACAGUUGAGUUUCAGUGGAGAGAAUUCCAUCUAAUUUACAACUUUCUUUUCUUCAAGCUUAGGAAAGAAAUGUUACUCACGAUUUGAAAUGGAAUCUUUUGUUAUAACAUGAAAGUUUGAAUUUAGUGUGAGCAGUAGUGGGUAGCAUACGAUUGGAUUAAAACAGAUUGAAUUAUACUACCGCUUUGAUAUUCUUAUUCUCUGUUAGAAUAUCAAUAUAAAAUCAAAUAUGAAACAUAACCUUGACAACUGGACAUCCGCAAAAUCAUUCCGGUUGCUUUUGAUCAUUAGCUUUCUGAUUCAAUAUCCGAUUCAGAAGUAACCACUAUACUUGAAAA